UGGAGAAACAGCAUCGGCAAGUGGUGGAGAGGGAAGGGCACUUGCACGACACAUACGGCGCCAAGUGCAGAACAGGCCGCGCGGGCCCAGCCCCACGGGCACGGCGGCGGCGGGCGCGGGGAGCACCUGGUGGAGCGCCUGCACGCGGGCCAGAUGUUCGGGCUCGGCGUGCUCCACGGCCCCCGGGAGUGCCCGUACGCGGCGACGGUCUCGUUGCGCGCGGAGGCCAGCCGGGUGCGGCUGCUCGUCCUCACAGCGAGGUCUCUGUUCUACCUCCCCGAUGAGGAGGUCGACGCCCUGAAGAAGGUGCUUGAGGAGACCGACGACCCGAUCAACGUGCCACCCGAGCGGUUGAAGGCUUUGAGCAAGCACUUCCGCGAUUGGCAGACUGUCAAGCGCAAGGUGUUGCGCGAAGAGAAGGCGUAUUGUCACUGAAGAAUGGCGAAGUGUAGGCAGGCUGGCUUGAUUGGUGCACUUAGUGCGACCAUGACAUGCAGUGCGGGCGUUUUAGUCUGACUCCGGCGUGCGAAUAGUACUCGGCGAAGACAAAGUGUUGCAGGAUGGCAUUGCGAUGUAAUGCGCCUUGAAGGGGAUGGUUGCAGUGGUGGCGGCAGCAA